AUGGUGGGGUCAAGCCAGGGUGAAAAGGGGACACAGUCCUCCUUGCACAACUUCUUCCGCCCUAAGCCCACUCCCAUGGAGCUGGAGAAGGGCAGGUCUUGCGCAGACGCUGUGGACUUGACCGACUCUCCCCCUGCGUCACCACCUCCCAAGCGUGCGCGUAUGGAUAACGGCAAGGCGCGUACGUCGACUGCUUCAGCCUCCUCCUCCUCCGCAUCUCGUGCGCCCCCAAAAGCCUCAAGCUACUUUGAAGCGCCGGCCAUUGCUUCUAGCUCGCGCACCCCUCCGGCCAAGCGUCCUCGCGAGUCGUCGCCAACUGCCACUGUCGCCCUCGACUCGUUCCGCCUUCCAAAGAUUGUCUCGUCUACCGACGCCGCCGCCCCAGGCAGUGCGUUUGGAAACUACAACCUGCCCCCUCCUUCCCAGGCACUCCCCCCAUCGACGCAGCGCACUGCCGAGCAGGAACGUCGCCACCAAGCGUGGCAGCUUCUUGCAGGCAACGUCAUGCCCCGUCGCCGCAGCCUCGCUCUAGACGAGGCCGCAGCAGCCGAUGCCCGCCGUGCGGCGGGAAUCGACCCGGCCGAGGAAGAUGGUGACGCCGAAGAGGGUGUGGAUGGCAGCACGACCGAGGCGGCUGCCAAGCUGCGCUCGAAGUACACGGCGACGGCUGCUCCAGUCAAAAAAGGACGAAAGAAGAAGGAGGAGGAGCUGGGUCCCAGUGGAAUGACCUACACUCCGCUGGAGAAGCAGUACAUGGAGAUCAAGGCCAAGUGGCCUGACGUCUUGCUGUUCAUGGAAGUUGGCUACAAGUACAAGUUUCACGGCGACGACGCAAAGAACGCGUCCAAGGAGCUUGGCAUCGCCGCUUUCCCAUCGCGCAACUUUUAUGUGGCCUCCAUUCCGACCCACCGUCUACACAUCCACGUCCGAAAGCUCAUCUCCCUCGGUUACAAGGUUGGCGUUGUAUCGCAGAUGGAGACCGCCGCGCUCAAGAAGGCCGGCGACAACAGGAACGCGCCGUUCGUCCGAGAGCUCACCAGCCUCUACACUGCCACGACUUACGUCGAAGAAGACACGUCAUCGUCGUCCAACCUUCGUGACCAGCCGGCACUUGCCAAUGCUGCACCCCCUGCCACCAACGCACUCGUCACGAUCGUGGAACAGGAGAUUGGUGACCGUGCGCGCAUCGCCUUGGUCAGCGUCGUUCCUGGAACAGGCGACGUUAUCUGGGACGAGUUUGAAGACUCUCCCGUGCGCUCCGAACUUGAAACACGCCUUACCCAUCUUCAGCCGUCCGAGCUCAUCCUUCCCAAGGCACUGAGCAAGGCGACGGAGAAGGUCCUGAAACACAUGGUCGCCUCUUCGCGCUCAUCAACAGCAGUGCGCGUGGAGCGCUUCAAGGAUGUGCCCGUUUACAACAAGGCCUUUGAUUCACUGACGGCGUUCUACAAGUCGGAAACGCCGAUUGAGAUUGACUUGACUGGGGACGAUGACAGCAUGUCACCGCCAACUGCCGAGGAUGAUUCUCGCCCUGCCGACCCGCUUGGCCUUGCAGCGGGCCUGCCAGACGAGGACGCGGUGCUUGCUCUUGUCGACUUUCCCAAGCAGGUGGUCGUGGCUCUAGCCAUGACUGUCGAGUAUAUGACACCGUUCGGUCUUCAAGAUGCCUUCCGCCAUAGGUCCUCGUUCACCAAGUUUGUCAACCGUGCGCACAUGUUGCUGUCUGGUAAUACCCUCGUCAACCUUGAGGUCUACCGUAACCAGACCGAUGGAGGCCACUAUGGUAGCCUGAUGUGGCUUUUGGACCACACCAAGACUCGCAUGGGACGCCGCCUUAUGCGUGAAUGGAUUGGUCGUCCACUUCUUGACGUGGUCGCCCUGCGUGCUCGAGUCAAUGCCGUGGAGGAGGCCAUGUCUUCCGAAUCCUACCACUUGGAGAAGCUCCGUUCUCUCCUUGUCAACAUGCCGGACCUGGUCCGCGGCCUCACGAGGGUUCAGUAUGCCAAGACGACCCCGACUGAACUGGCAACCAUUCUCGUCGGCCUCGUGCGCGUCGGUUCAGAGUUCAAGCGAGAUGAAAGCAGGAUCUUCAAGUCGGAACUUCUCAACAAUAUUGCCACAACGCUGCCCACUAUUGCUGGUCCUGCCAAGGAGUUUAUGAGUGCCUUUGACUUGAAAGCGGCGCGUGCCAACAACAUGGCCGAUCUAUGGACCGACCCCGACCGCUAUCCCGAGAUUCAAGAUGCCAAGGACUGCAUCUGCCUUUGCGAGAGCGAGCUUGACGUUCACCUGAAAGAGGUCCGCAAGAUUGUGCGCAAGCCCCAGCUCAACUAUGUGACGGUCUCCGGCGUGGAGUACCUGGUGGAAGUCCCGGUCCGUGACGCCAAGUCUGUGCCUCCGAAAUGGGUCAAGAUUCAAUCGACCAAGUCUGUUGCUCGCUUCCAUACCCCGGAGAUUAUCAAAAUCACCAAGGAGAGGGAGCAGCAUAAGGAGACCCUGGCCGCUGCGGCAAAGGCUGCUUUCGUGUCGUUCCAGAACGACAUUGCCGAGGUGCACUCGCUCGUGACCGUGUCCCGCCACCUUGCCGUAAUCGACUGCCUGAUUUCGCUUGCCACAGUCGCGCUCACCCAUGGCUACACCAAGCCGACCUUUGUGGCAGAGCCCAGCUUGAAGAUCAAGGCCGGACGUCACCCGAUGGUCGAGUCGAUGCGCGACGAGGCGUAUGUGCCGUUCGACAUUGACUUUAGCACCGAGGAAGGACGCGCCAAGGUUAUUACGGGCCCCAACAUGGCCGGCAAGAGCAGCUGCGUGCGAGCCACUGCUCUCAUCGUGUGCAUGGCUCAGAUUGGCAGCUUUGUUCCUGCAGCCUCGGUCCAGCUUGGCAUCCACGACGCCGUCCAAACGCGUAUGGGAGCCAGCGACGAGAUUGGGCGUGGCAAGUCGACAUUCAUGGUCGAGAUGAGCGAGACAAGUGAUAUCCUUCGUGCCGUGUCGCCUCGCACGCUGGUCAUCCUGGACGAGCUCGGUCGUGGUACCUCGACCUACGACGGAGUGGCUAUCGCUUACGCCACGCUCGCGCACCUGGCCCAGGUCGGCUGCAACACGCUCUUCGUUACGCACUAUCCGCUGGUGGCCGAGCAGUUAGCCAACGAAUUCCCCAAGGACGUGUCCAACUGGCACAUGGCCUUUUCUGAGCACACCCUUCCCGACGGCUCGGCCGAGAUCACUUUCCUCUACCACCUCAAAAAGGGACUCGCGGACGCUUCCUUUGGUGUCUGGUGUGCUCGUCUCGCUGGUCUUCCGGGCCCACUGCUCGUUCGUGCGCAGGAGCGCGCCGACGACCUCAAGCGUGUCACUCAUGAGCGUGGUGUCGCAGCCCUCGCCAAGCGCUUCAAGGCUCUCGACUCGGCGAUCAAGGCCGGCAGUGGCGUCAAAGAGGUCGCGCGCGUCGAGAGCGCCCUUCAGUUCUUGAACGCAUAA